GCAACCGGAUCGACAUGAUCAAAGUCGGCUACGAUCAAGACGGCUCUCGAAUAACUGGCGGCCAGCACGGAGGCAACGGAGGAGGCAAAGUCCAGGUGGCUCUGGAUUUUCCCGACGAGUAUCUCUUUCAGGUGUCGGGGACGUUUGACCAGACGAUCAAUUCGCUCAUCUUCUUCACUCGCAGGAAAAGCAACGACGAGAGGAAGCAGUACGGCCCGUUUGGGAAAAUGCACGGCAAUUUUUUCCGGAGCGGGCCGGGUAGAAUUGUGGGGUUUUUCGGGAGAGCUGGGAAGUAUUUGGAUGCGGUGGGAGUUUACUACGAAGAACCUUGCAGGAAUCGCAGCUUGGGGUCUAAACCGCAUUAAACGGAAGAGUUCGUGAUUUAGA